AUGACCCUCGUGUCGCCAGCAGGUGACGGAUUUGGUACAAAGCGGCUCGAGGACCGUCCACUGCGUCGGCUUAGCUGGGUGAAGAAGAUGCAGACCUUGCUCCAAACCGACCCGGAAUCGCAGCUGCGACUUUCGCCCGCGUUCUUAAACCCCCCAAUCGAAGGCCUACGUGGAGGGAAAGAAUAUGGGACUGAGUCAAUACAAUGGCUUUUGAACUGGGCGUUUCGGUGGGGUAAAUUGAGGAAAGUGGGCCUGAUGGUCUGCGAUUACAAUGUCGGUGGGACCAAGCUGUACGAAAAGUUAGGCUUCAAGUUGGAGGGAAGACUGCGGGGAGAGAUGCGGUACGACGGCGAGGGGGGGAUGAUUUGGUCUACGGAACGGUGGAGAGAGAAUGGGAGGAUCGCUAUGGGAAUGCUGAAGUGGAAGUGGAGAAGUCUUGAUCGAGACGCAAAUCAUGGUGUCGAGUUGAAAGAGCCGUUCAUAAAUAUCGACGACUUCUCUACUCGGCUUUCGUCGGCGACGAGCUCACUUCACCGUUUCCGCCUUCCUGACAACCUUGUACUCGAAUACAAGACCGCACUUCGCAAGGGCAGCUACGAGGAUCUCAACCUCUACUUCCUCAGUGACAUCCCCGGCGGCAACCUCGGAUCCUGCACAUACCCUCAACAGAACAUCACCGACCUCGCGCGCAGGCGAGAUGGCUGCUCAAAUCUUGCUGGGACGCUUCCGGGAGCUGAGACAACGGAUUUUGAUCUUGGGAAGACUGCUGUGCACGAGACUGGACACUGA